ACAUCUCACACCCCUCCCGUGUCAGCAUUUUUUUUUUCCUUUCUCUGACCCGUUAUCUUUCAACUUGGUGUUUCCUUAGUAAGCAAGUAACGUCUGCCAACAGCCAUUCAAAAGAACACAGCAGCGCACAGGUGCCAAACAUGCCCAUCGUCCUCGACAGAGACACAGACAAGAGCAUUGAUAGCCCACCGCCUGCACACGACCUAGAAUCAACAGCUCGUCCCACUCGCUCGAGGAGGACCCUGAGCACCGGCAGUCUUCACCGGCUCAAGAAAGAGGUCGGGGCUUCCUUCAAGCAACAGCAGCAGCACGGACAGCAACAACAGCAACCGCAACAGCGUAAACACUUAGACGACCGGGAUCACGAUUCGGAUACCGAAUCCGACUCCAGUGACGAAAAGCACCCUUUCCUUUACUCUUCCUCUUCUCCACAGUUUCCUUCAGAAUUGGUGCAAGAGCGCUCUGACGGUGGAUGGCAGAACUCGAUCCACAGCUUGUCUCUGAACACAAAGGUGGAUCGGACCCAAGGCGAGCCUGACAGCGUCUGCAUCAUGGCUUCACGCGAGAAUGCAAAGAACCUGUGUCAGCAGGCUCCCUGCAGAAACAGGAGCGGAUUAAAGGCCGACUCACUCUCAGCCGAUCCCGCUACUUCACUUACUGCUGCUACCGUUCGGUCUAAGGGCGCGUUUCUCCCCAAGCUGGACUGCAUGACCAUUUCAUCAUCAAUGGGACCCGUCUCCUCAAACACCAUUUCGUUCUUAGAGUCCGCUCCCUCUCCUGCGGCUUCGGAGGAUGCCGAGGACCUCAAGAGCCCGCGUCGCAGUGGUCGUGCCCGUCGUCCUCCACGUCCUAAAGAGGCUGAAGAGCUAAUUGGCCAUGCUCGGCAGUCGUCUUUGACAGUCGCACCCCUGUCGACCCCUCCAGCAUCGCCCGCCCCUCACGCACAUGAGCGUGAGGUGAGCCCUAUUGCUGCACCACCGAGAAAGAGAGCUGGAUCUGUAAAGACUGAGAAGAUUGCUCAUGUUUCGGUAGUUUCUGCAGUGACCAAUGAUGCCACUGAUAUGACCUCAGGAGGGAGCGAGUCCAGUGUGGUUACUACAGACAGCAAGCAGUUUGAGGCCACAUCUGUUUCAGCUCUUCCUCCUAUUGGGCGGAAGACCAAUCAAGAUCUCGAUCUGGCUUCUAUUCCAGGUGUGGUCACCACCCAGCGUGUUCGACGACCUCCUCAAAAUCUGGCAGAAUUCGUAUCUUCUGAAGACUUCAAGGCGGCGCCAUGCGGUAAACGACAGGAGCGAACCCCUCAGUCUCAGUCGUUGGCCUCGUCCUCCGUGCCUGAGGCCUCUUCGCGCGAGAAGAAAGAAGGAAAGCGGACCAAGUCCGAAUGCCAGCUUUCUGGCAGCAACCAUGCCAAGCGGGCUUCCUCUGCAGAAGGAGAUCACGAAUUCGUGACAGCGAGGCAGCAACAGCAACAGCAACAGCAACAGCAGGAACAGCAGCAGCAGGGAGGCCCUGGCCGUUCCAGAUCGAUGUCGGAUCUUGGAGAGUUGUCGCACCGAACCAAUCCAAAGGACAGCACGCAGCCGGCCACUAUCCCAUUGAGCGCCUUGAGUCAUGCAAAGCGCAGAAGCCAAGACUUUACCCUCAUGAACUCGAAGAAACAGCGACGAGAAGGCAGUGGCCGCUCUAGACCGCUCAUCAACAAGAGACACAGCAGCCACCACAUUCCCAGCCGAGAGGAGAUUUUGGAGCGGCGGCGUCGAGAUGGCAAGCGAGAGAUCAUGGUUGCCUCGGAUGACGAUUGGUCGGACUCGGACUUUGAUUUUUUGCGGGACGAACAGGAGAACUACCGAUUGAUGCGUAUCAGGGCAAGGAAAACCCAGGGAGGAAGGGGUCGCUGGAGCCUUAGGGAUGAGCUCCAUGAAGGGGGCAAUGACGAGAUGGGUGAUGAUGGCUAUGGUAGCGAAGGAGAGGAGCGUUGCCGAGCGGAGGGUGAGAAAAUCAAGCUGCUCAUGGAUCCUUCGGUGAUCAAUUAUGGGUUUGACAGCUGUGAUGGCGAGUACAUUCUCGACUAUCAUCAAGGGCCCUUGUUCAACAAUGUGACCUGGCCAGAGUUUUCAGACGUUAAGGAGGUCAACGGAGGCAAUGGCAACAUCAAUGGCAGCAACAGUGGCAACAACAAUCCAGGUAACAUUAGCAGCAAUCUCAGCGGCAGUGGCAAUCCCAAAAGUGUCUACAGCGACAGCGAGAAAAUCGACGGCAACAACGGUCUCCUUCAGGGUACUGUUGCGGAUGGGCUACUUCUGCCUGCUCCGGCGACUGAAACGGUUCAUGAUAUGGAUCUGAACAUCGUUGCUCAGGUUGUGUCUGCUCUUGUAGGACCUGCGGAGCCUUCUCUUGCUGAUGUGGAGGUUGCAGAGAUUGUGUCGACUGUCAACCCUGGCGAUGGGGCAGAAGCACCUGUACAAAUGGAGGGAAUCGAGGUGUACGCGGUCCAUGGUGGCGUCAAGGACGAGAUCGAGGCCGAGGGAUUUAUUGGAUGGUCGUUGUGCGAGUGAGGUUGCCUGGAGGAUUAGACGGCGCAGGAGAUUCAUAUUUUUUGUUUCCUUUGGUCGAUGGGUGAGAGGAGAGAGAGAGAGAGAGGGAGGAACGGGGCCAA